CAGAUGAAUUCUGUGCGGAGCUUGUGCGAGACAAAGCUUUGAUGGAGUACUGUUAUUCUCUCGGACAGGUAUUUCAGUCAGAUGGAAAAUUGAUUUCACCUGAGGAACUUAAGCAGAAGGAAGAGAACAUGCGGAACAAAGCCCUGAAGUCAUUCGACAAUGCAGCAUGUCUGAAGCUCAAUGAAUGCAAAGAGAAAGAACGGGAAAGUUUGAUCAAGCAAUUGGAAAUGAUUUUUAGUGAUGUCUGGAAAAGGUACCAGGACGUCAGGAAGAACGAAGGAAGCAAAAAGUUGCAGCACGAUCUCAAGCUAGCGUCUGAGGCCUUAAGGGCCAUUGGUCAGGCUGGAUUGUUUGUCGUCGCUUCCAUCCCUAUGCCGGUCAUCCCUAUGGCGGCCGUCGCUAUAACGAGCAUCGCUGCGAAUCUAGCUUCUCUUGGCACUGAGGCGGCCGCAGCCAUUACAAAUCGGCAGAACGAGAAGGAUUCAGCGGACGCAGCAGGAGAGCUUCCAACCGACUUGGAGAAAAAACAGUCUUAAACGGGAGAGUUGCACGCCGAGGACUCGACAGGUCUCAUUCGAUAAGUGCAAGUAAUAAUGGCUUCCAAGUGCAUGCAUUAGCAAGGGCUUCUUUGCUCCUCUACAGGUCGGCCCUUGCUUUUUAUUAUGUGCCAUGUGCCAGCUGCAGAUAUCUCAUGGCGAUGGACGA